AUGCCUGAAGGUGAUGCUGCUGUUGCCGUCGCUGAGGAGGUGAAGAAGAACAACCAUGUAGAUGGGAAAACAUUGGACAAUGAGUUGGAGGUUGUUGAGGGAAUGAAGCUAGAUAGGGGCUACAUAUCCCCUUAUUUCAUCACCAACCAGAACAAUCAGAAAUGUGAAUUGGAAAAUCCUCUAAUCAUAAUCCAUGAGAAGAAAAUCUCAAGUAUUAAUGAUGUGGUUAAAGUAUUGGAGUUGGUUUUGCAGGUUAGCAUUUCUCUGGUUAGGUUCACUAGUUUCUUCGUUUUUACUAUGAAUUGGUUGACAAACUUUUGCUCCUUUUCAGAAGCAAAGUUAUGAUUUCAGAUCUGUAGAUAACCUGUUGUUGCUGAUAUUGCUACACGGGAGGAGAACAGAACAAG